AUGAACUCUCUUUCCUGCUCCGCCACUCCCUCCUCUAGCUGCUCGAGUCCUGGACGCCGGCCGAAAUUACCGACAUCUAUCAUGGAUUUUCACACGCCGAAUGUGCAGGAGCAACGGGAGGCAGUCAGCCUCCCUGUGGCAAAGCAUCCGACCGAGACUUGGGGUUUGUGGAAUAACGAGACUCUGUUGAGAAUCAAUGAAUUCGUGGGUGACGUCGACACAUUCCUCAAAGUCUUCGUGCCAUGCAAUGAGCCAUGCCCCGUACCCAGCAGGAAGGAGGCCAUCUCCGGGGCCUUUCUUCCGCUUGUUGGUAUCGGGAACGAGCUCGAAAUGUAUGAUCCACUAAUCCAAGGUUUGGAGUUGAUUACAUCUGAAUUUCCCAACAAGAAGCCCCUCGAAUUCUGCAAUACAUCACGAACUGAUUUCCACUUUCCAUUUGCGAGGUGGGGUACAGAUCACCAUAUAACACGACCGGAUGUGGUGGCAUUGGUUGCCAAUGUUUCAGCUGGUUCCGCGGAGCUCGACAAAUGGAGGGAUUCGAAUGUUUCACUCGUAUUUGAGGCCAAGGCUAAAGAAAGUGAAGACCCGGUGCUCAGCUCUAGCGAAGAACACAUCAAAACGAGGAUUCAGCUUUCAAGAAAUGCCAGGAACUUGAUGUUGGCCCAUAGCAAUUUAUACUGCUUUGUGAUCGGCAUUUACGAACGGAUCGCUCCCAUCUUUCGAUUUGACCGAGAGUCCGCCAUUGUGUCACCCCCGAUAUCUUACCAAACUGACCCGACAAAGCUGCGGGAGUUUCUGUGGCGCUUUGUCCAUCCAGCAUACAGUGACGGUGUCAAUGGCAUGGACGAGCUGUCUGUGCGAGCGACAGGGGACUGUGUCCGCUGGGCUCAAGAUUUAUUCACAUCUCAUGGUCAACCAUUGACGGCUGAAGACCUAGAGCAUAAUCAUCUGGUGACCAUUCCUCCGACGACAGUGGACGGGGAGUCACAGAUAUACUUCACUCUCAGAUUACGAGCAGUCAAACCAAACCUCUUUGGACGCUGCACAGUUGUACAGGAAGUGGUCAGGAAGAGCGACGAAGGUGCAGAUGCAACCAGGUAUAUCUUGAAAGAAUCGUGGCGGCAGGAUAUACGGCCCUCUGAACUGGAAUUCUACGAACGCAUCGAGGAGCACAUCAAGUUUUCGGAGAAGCGUGCCGCACAGGAAGGCGAGAAGUUCGAGUUAGUUGGGCUUGCUCGAAUGGUGCGUGGCGUAGAUCUCGGCGCCCUGGAGUUGUCAAAGCUGGAGCGCAGGAUGGGGAGGACGCCAUCGGCGUUAUUUCAUUCUCAUUGCAUGGAAGACACGAACCCGCAAAGUUCGUCGUUGAGUAAGGCUAUCGCUACGUUACCGCCUCGUCCUCCGCAGAUGCCUCCACCAAAGAAACGACAGGCGGAUCCACGAAAGGUGCCGCUUGUUGGAGCUACCUCUCAAGACAGCAUCUCCCUUCCAGAUGCUGUUGUCACGUUGAGCCGGUUACCUGCCCCCCCUUGA